AUGGCUGAGGGGCUGCAAAGGUCUGAAAGCACGUUCAGGAGACAGGGGUCUUCGGGUUUGAUUUGGGACGACAAGUUUCUACAGAGGGCGUUGAACCAAGUGGAGGCCGAAAAGCAGCAGGAAGCAGCUCAGCAGGCUCAGGCUACAGAAUCUGGUGGUGCGGCCCCCACCAUGGAGCGCAGCCGAUCCAACGGCGGACGGGGGUAUCGGACGGUCAAGGUUUCACCACAAGCCACGGACCCACCCUCCCCUAAGGUCUCAGGCUGUGGCCUCUGCGGCGCCUUCGGCAAACCAAAGCCCUCGUCAGCGCGUCGACCCAGAUCGAAUAAGCGAAGGUCAUAG